AUGUAAAUUGAAAUUGAGAAAUGUUAUAAUGCUUAUUGGCCACCUAAAUAUGAUCUAUAUUGCAUGGGUUCAAAUUGUCCUGUAAAAAGAGAAUAAAAAUUUGGUUAAGAGUUUUAUGUGUCAUAAAUAGAAUGCAAUCUCAAAUUAUGUCCCUUAUGUAGGUUUUAGGAAGUAUAUUUUAUUCUAAUUAGAUAAAAUGUACUGUUCCAAAUUGUUAAAUUAGCAUUGAUAAACACUAUUUAAAAACCAAUUUUAAUCUUUAAGCUAAAAAGAUCUUUUUUGAUCUAGAUAAAGAUGUUUAGGAAUAAUUAUUAAUAAGAAAGAAAAUUGAAGAAAAAUAUCAUAGAUAAAUCUCAGACAUAAAACAAAGUUCUAAACCAACAGAGAAAAUAGAUAAAUUAUCAGAAUAUUUAGAAGAUGCUGUUUAUGCUGAGAGAUCCAAUAAUAAAAGAUUAAUGCUUGAAAUAGAUACUGAAAUCUAAAAAUUAUGGAGAUAAAUUGAAAUCGAAGAAGAUAAUGAUUAACCUAGAGAAUUACCAAGAUAAAUUCCAACAUAAAGAUAUAGUAAUAUUUAAUAAUAAAUUGGUUCUUAAAAUAUAUAUCAAAAAGAAUCUGGUUUUAAUGAAAGGUAGUUCCAUAUUAAUAGAAUUAAAUGGGGAUUUUGA